AUGGCUUGGGACAUGUGCAGCCAAGACUCUGUAUGGAGUGACAUAGAGUGUGCUGCUCUGGUUGGUGAGGACCAGCCUCUUUGCCCAGAUCUUCCCGAACUUGACCUUUCUGAACUUGAUGUGAAUGACUUGGACACAGACAGCUUUCUGGGUGGACUGAAGUGGUGCAGUGACCAAUCAGAAAUCAUAUCCAACCAGUACAACAAUGAGCCUGCAAACAUAUUUGAGGUAAGCAUCUCCUCUGGAGAAUUUAACUUCUCGUCGACCUUGGCGUGGGCCAAACCGACGCGGUGCCAUGCCUGGACACAUAGGUGCUCUUACAUUGUUGCCAGUAGGCAAUUCGUCAUCGCAGCUAGAGAAUUUCUAUGUUAUGGAAACACCAUGCUUGUUACGUUAUGGAAAACGGUGCUUUUUAGAAUGAAGGCGCUAAGGCCUGACAGCAGAGUGUGUUAA